AGUCGUAUUACAACCUUUUAUAAAUCCAGUUUGUUUCCAGGCAAUUCAGUUUACGGCCAAAAACUGCCUUGUUCUUUUUCGUAUUACGACGUCCGUUAAUCUGAAUGGGAUCAUCCUGGAUAGAUUGUCUAUGGCCGGUUUACACUGCCGUGAAGGUAACGUUCGGAAAUUGACAUAACGCGAUACCGGUUCGUUACCGAUUCAAUAAUUUUGUGAAUUUAAAUAUUUUUUCGUAUAAAACAAGUGUAAAUAUAUAAGUGUAAUUGAAGAAACAUACAAUGAAAUUGAAAUUAUAUAACAUUUGUUAUAAAUCAUGACCAAUCUUAAAAAAAGAAAAUUAUGACGGCUGCUCUUUUUCUGUAGCCCUUUAUUUCUGAACGACAAGUGUGACAUUUCGCUGAGCCCGCAAAAAAAACUUUAUUUAUUCACCACUUGAAAACUGUGUGUGUGAAACCAAAACUUUAAACAUUUAAAGUGGAAUUUAAUUAGUUGCUGAAAGAAAGAUUUAUGUGAUUAUGUAUUCUUGGGAACGAACUAAGACAGCUAUGUUGUGUUGUUGUGGUAUUAGUGGAUUGCGUUGCAUUGGUGUCGGUCUGAAAUUGUAUUGCUCAAGCAAACUAACUAAUUUUAUUGGAAAUGGCGUAAGUACUUACUUAAUUGUGUUUUAUUUUGGUGAUGUAGGUAUCUUAAAACAUUAUUGGAAUCAUGUUUUAUAUCUUAGUUCACAGGAUGAGGUAUCGCGUCGUCGCCGGGUAUCGUACCAGCAGUUAGAAUCUUUAUGGGAGUUUUUGAACUCUCACAGAGAUGUGGCUGUAGGAUACAAUAAAACGGCGCAGGCUCGAGAGUAUUCUAAGCGGAUGUGGACAACUGUGUCUCAAACUUUAAACUCUUUGGGAGAAGGAGCUACAAAGGACUGGAAAAGUUGGUCUAAUUAUUGGGUAGACUACAAAGCGAAAUUAAAAAGAAGAGUAGCAAGCAUCCGUGCUGCUCAAAAUCGCACCGGCGGUGGCCCUUCUGAAGCCAUUCCCCUAAAUGAUUUAGAGAAGAAAUUCCUAAGUCUACUUGGAGAAGGCUUUGGAAGUGGGAUACCUAAUACCCAAGUAGACCCGUUUCCAAUUCAAACUCAGUCCGAACAUACUGCACCUGAGGCUGGAACAUCUAACUCAGAAGCUCCUCUAGUUCUUGAACACCCUCUCACCCAUGAGAGUGUUCAACUAGAGGGAGAGGAAGAGCUAGCACUGCAAGACUCUGUACUAGAGCAGCCGCAGGUGCAACAGGAAGUGGCCCCACAGCAGCAACAACAGCCUGAGGAAACACGUCCUCGACAAGUGCCAAGACUGCCAAGUCGACGCAGUAGGCGACAAGCUGCUUUGAGCCAACAAAUGGCCAGAGAAAUGUUGGUUAACAUUUCUCGGGACAGAAUGUUGGCCGAGCAGCAAAAUACUAUGUACCUUGGCCAAAUCGCAGAAGCACAGGAGAGAAAUUCCCAAACAUUGCAAGAAAUGUUGACAAAAUUAAAUACAAUAGCAUCUGUUAUUGACAAGAGCAUGGGAUCGAGAGGACCACAGACGGGAGACGAGGGCUCUCCUGAUACUUAGCCCUUCAUUGAGCUCCCUGUUAUUGCUGGAGGUGGCAGAACGUGGUGGUUGUUGAUUAAUACUAUGAAAAUGAAGACUGAAGAAAUUAUAUUAUUGAAUUAUAUUUUCGUUUUUCUGUAAUGAUUAUAAUAAAUAGUAAACAUCUUACCAACUGGACAUUUAGUGAGUGAUACUGUUUCCUGCAGUAAUAUCUCUCCUCAUUUUCCUCGGGGGAAACAAUUGCCACAUGAGUGCAAUCAAUGCAUCCCAAAACUCCUGGCAUUUGAAACUUAUUGGAGAAUCUAAAAAUAAAUUAAUUUAGAUAAAUAUAACUUA